AUGGCUGGGAAGGUGGCACUGCUCCUGUGGGCCCAGACCCUUGGCCUCGCUGGCGCCCAGACCACCCAGCUCCUGGUGGAGCCCCCCUGGACACCAGCAGUGCUGUGGGACUGGGUGAGACUGACCUGCCAGGGCUUGGGGACUGCCAGUGCCACUACCUGGUACAGGGACGGGCAGUGGUGGUGGAAGAAGGGACUCGAGCGCAUCACUGUCAGCAAGAGUGGCAACUACACAUGUGACAGACCUGGCAGUGGACGCAGUGACAGUGUGACGGGACCCCUCUGUCCCCCAGAUUGGCUGGUGCUGCAGGUGCCGGCGUGGCCACUGCUGGAGGGGGACACGGUGACACUACACUGCCGGGGCUCGAAGGACAAGUCUAUCACCUCGGUGUUACUCUACCACAAGAAGGAGGAACUGUGGGGGCUCCGCGAUGGCCCCGAGCUGUCCCUGUCACCUCUGAAGCUGCACCACAAGGGCCACUACCGCUGCAGCGGCAAGGUGGACUACUGGUGGCAGGAGGAGUUGGUGCCAGUGACAGUGACAGUGCACGGGGUCCCGCCCUCGGGGGUGUCCCUGUCAGCACAGCCCCCUGGGGGACAGGUGGCACCGGGGGACCGCCUGGUGCUGAGCUGCGCGGUGGCCACAGGGACAGGUCCCCUGUCCUUCACCUGGCACCGGGGGAGCUCAGGGGCACCACUGGGCACUGGCCGCCACCUGGAGCUGUGGGACACUGGGGACAAUGACAGUGGCCACUAUCACUACCUGGUCAGCAACAGGGACAGCGUGGCCAAGAGUGUCCCCCUGAAUGUCACCGUCCUGGCUGAAGUGCCCGUGGCCAAUGCCACCAUCACCCUCGGUCCCCUGUCACACCAGGUGCACACAGGUGACCCCGUGACCCUGCGCUGCUCGGUGCAGGUGGGCUCAGCCCCUGUCACCUUCACCUGGCUGCACAAUGGGCAGGAGGUGGCCCGGGGUCCCAGCCUGGAGCUUGGAUUUGUCACUAUGAGACAUUCGGGCACCUACCAGUGCGUAGCCACCAACCAGCUGGGACAGGAUGGGCACCGCGUGUUCUGGGCCCUCAGCCCCAAGCUGGCCCUGGAGGUGACACCACAAGGACACUUGAACACAGCAGUGGCCACAGGGGUUGGCGGGUCCCUCCACUUCCUGGUGCUGCUUGUGGGUGGAGUUGUUGGCUGGCGCCGGUGGAACCACAUGGCUGCCAGGAAGUACCAGGAAAGGGUUCCCCUGGAUCCCCCAGCCCCCCCAGAGGAGGGGGAGGUGCUGUACACCCACGUCAUGAGCACCAAGCAGAUGGGGGGUGAGUACAGGCGUCCCCCCGUGCCACCACACUCCAGGAUCCCCCGGGUGACCUACGUGGAGUUGCGUGGACCCCGCGGGCGACUGCGGGAACUCAGUGACAUCCACGGGAACGUGCUGUGA